UUUGUUCCACAAAACAGAGAGGAUGGUUCUACCACAGAUUCAGGUUUAGUAGGUUAAUCUGUGAUUCUAUUUUCUACUAUAGCGUUCACGUGCUUCUACUUGAAAUAUUUUUAUAUUACUUUUUAAAUAAAAUAUUAUUUUUUUUCUUUUUGUAAAGUUAUUAUAAAACGUGCAAACACGGUAAGUACAAUUGGUGUGGAUGCAAUUACUAUUAUUUUAGUGUUUCGAAUUGAAUAGCUUUCAUACGCUUUCGAAAUGAUGACUGACAUCUGACAGAAGUGACAGGACAGACGAACAUAACCAUAAAAACAGAAACACGUGUGUUGAUUUCUAAUUCGAGCAAAAUGAAAAACAGAUCAACUGGAACUUUAGCCGAUAAAAUAGCAGGUAUUUUAAAUACCGCCCCUUCGAGUAUUGAUCCUGAAGACGAAGUUGGUGAUGGCACGAUUGCAAAAGUUGUGGAAGAUGUUGAAGAAAAUGAAGAAGAAGAGGAAAUCUUGAGCAAAUUUCGUCGAAAAAACAUUGAUUUAUUGGCAGAUUUAGAUGAGAAAUAUGCCGGCAAGAAAACAAGUCGGAAACAUUUGAGAGAUUCCGAUUUAGAAGAUGCAUCUUCAGGAAGUUUCGACAAUGAAGACCGAGAAAGUGGAAGAACAAAUAGUGAGAACGAGGAAGAAGAAUCUGCUCAUGAAAAUUCUGAGGAUUCAGAAUCAAAUGAGGGAUUUUCUGAAGAUGGUGAAGUAUUAUCAGAAAAUGAUAAUACGGAAGGAAAUUUUAAACACAUUUCAGAUACGAAUGUUUCAAAUCAAAUCAAAAAAGGGCUUUGUGUGAGAAAUCAAAUGGCGAUGUGGGAAAACCUUCUAGAAGUACGAAUUCAACUCCAAAAAUGUCUUUUAACGGCCAACAAAAUGCCACAACACGCUAAAUUUAGAGAAAUCAAACAAUCAGCAGAUCCCGAUUUUUCAAAUAAAGUUAAUGACACAAAAAGUAAAAUAUGUGGUGUCUUAGAUAAGUUAUUAUUGUUACAAAAAUUACUUUAUAAACAGUAUCCUGAAACAAAGGAGUUAGUCAAGAAAAGCAACCAGCGGGAAAAAGUUGAAGAUCCUAAUGAUGAAGAAAUUCCAAGUGACACAGAUGUUGAGGAAUCAGAAAGUGACGAAAAGUCUGAAAGUCACACUCCUAAAAAGAAACGAAAAUUAGAAUUGUAUGAAAGCGAAAUUGCCGAAAAACACAAAAAAUACAAAGAUUACAGAAACAAUGUCAUCCAAAAAUGGAACGAUAAAACUCGAGUCGUCAUCAAAGGGGGCACUACUCCACAUUCAGUUCUAGAUCAAAUUGAAUACAAUUUGAGCAACAAAGAUAAACUAAUCAAGAAAACACAACUUAAACGUUCUUUGUAUUCUGUCCUAGGUGAAGAAGAAACUGAUGACACAACCAAUGAAGAAAACAGCGAGAUAUUUGAUGAUGACGAUUUCUACCACCAACUCUUGCGCGAACUAAUUGAAGUUAAGUCGGCCGACGUCAGCGAUCCAGUUCAGUUAAGUCGCCAAUGGAUACAGUUACAGAAUCUAAGAAGCAAAAUGAAGCGAAAAAUUGACACGAGAGCAACAAAGGGGCGCAAAAUCCGAUACGCUGUACACAGUAAACUGGUUAAUUUUAUGGCGCCGAUUGAUGAGAAUGUAUGGACAGAUGAAGCGAAAAAUGAGUUGUACAGCUCGCUGUUCGGCAAAAAUUAGUCUGAAAUUAAAAUGUAUAAAAUAAAGUUAUAAACACUUU